AUGGUCGAUGAGGAGAGCAUUCACCUCGGAGUGAAUGCAACCCCUCAAUUCAUCGGAAGUCUGAUGGAGUUUGUAUGGGCUCAAAUCGGAAAUACCGCUGUCGAUCUGGAAUCAUUUGCGAAACAUGCGGGAAGGACCUCCAUCAGACCCGCCGACGUCAUGCUCCUCACCCGGCGCAACGAAGGCCUCGAGCAGAUCCUGCGCGAAGAAUUGAAGCGACUGGAGCAAGCGAAAUCCAAGAAAGAUGGAACGCACCACAAAUGA